UCUUAGAUCCGCACCCGCUUCGAAAUUCACCUGGUGCUUUCAAAAUAAAAAAUAAUAACAUUUAAUUUCUUCCAAACGUUUUGCUAUUUCCAUCUCAGAUCUACCCACUAAAGCUUCGCGCCUUCGCCGGUACAUUUCUCUGCCAAAACUUAUCAAAUUACCGACGAACUUAUUUUUUUCAUUUCUUCUUUCUCAAAGGUCCUAUACACAUCAUUUGUUGAUCUUUAAGAUUUGAAUUUAAGGAUGUGGGGAACCAUUGCUAAUUUGAAGGAAAACCUAAACAAGAUUGCACUUGAUGUGCAUGAAGGCGACAGCGAUGACGACGAAGAGCUCACGAUCAGCGGUUCAGGCAAUGGAGACGUCACAUCGGUCUCUGAUCGGAGAAAUUCUCACAGGUUUGCUAAGUCAGUCUCGCGUUCUCCGCUCCCUAAUGGAAUUGAUUUACCACGAAAUCCAGAGAUUGAACAAUACAAGGCAGAAAUUAAGAGGCUUCAAGAAUCUGAGGCGGAAAUUAAAGCAUUAUCAGUUAAUUAUGCGGCCUUGUUAAAAGAAAAGGAGGAUCAAAUUUCUAGAUUGAACCGAGAAAAUGGCUCACUGAAGCAAAAUCUGGAUGCAACAAAUGCUGCUCUGAGUGUAUCUAAAAAUGAAAUUUCCAAAGCAUCAACUAACAGCAUUAAUGUUCUCAAGGGAAGUGGUGAUCUAUCACCAAGUCGACAGAAUAAAUUUACUGCUCAAGUAAAGAACCGCCCUUCUGGAAACCAAAUGCAGAAUGGUGUAUUUUCUAAACAGGACAGUAUAGGUAAUGGAGUUGCCAAUGCCAAUCAACCUCUCAUCAUUCAAAGUAAGAUGGAGAAUAGAAAUUCCGCUUCACAAGGGAAAGAAAAGGAGCUUGCAGAUUUGCUAGAAGAGAAAAAUAGGUCCCUGGCAGUGGUGCAAGCUACUCAUGAGUUGCAAGCUAAACAGCUUAGAUUAGAAUUGGAAAAAGAACGUGAGAAAUUGGCAAAUCUGCAGCUAAAAUUACAAGAGGAACAGACGCAGAAUGAGUCUCUCCAGGAGGAGCUCAAGUCGCUGAAAAUGGAUAAUGAAAGAAACUCUCUAGAGAUGAGCAAAAUACGCAGAGAACUGAGUGAAAAAUUGUCAGAAAUAAGUAGAUUGCAAUUGGAGUUGAAUAGAAGGGAGGAUUCUGAUGAUAUCUCAGAGAAUUUGGAAAGAGUAGUUGCAACUCUAGAGAGGGAAAACAAUAAACUUAAGGUGGAGAAGAGUGAACUUCAGGCUCUUUUGGAAAAAUGCAGGAAACCUUUGAAUGACAAAAUCUUUCCAGAUGCUUCAGAAAGUCCAAAUCAACAUCCAAGUAGUUUGAAAGGGGUAAAACUAUCUGAAGGUUUCCCAGAAAGAGAAGAAAUGGAGCUAUCUUUACAGAAACUGGAUAAAGAUUUGAAGGAAACACGCAGUGAGAGGGACAAAGCAUUACAAGAACUAGCCCGUCUUAAGCAACAUCUGUUAGAAAAGGAAAAUGAAGAAUCAGAAAAAAUGGAUGAGGAUAGUAAAAUCAUUGAAGAGCUUCGUGAGAUUAAUGAAUAUCAAAGAGCUCAAGUAUUGAAUUUGGAAAGAGCUCUGAAGCAGGCACUGGCAAAUCAGGAAAAUGUUAAGAUGAUGAACAACAAUGAAAUUCUGAAGUCCAAGGAAAUCAUUGAAGAUUUGAACCGAAAACUUGCAAACUGUAUGAGGACAUUGGAUGCCAAAAAUGUUGAACUCUUAAAUCUUCAAACUGCUCUUGGGCAGUACUUUGCUGAAAUUGAAGCUAAGGGACAUUUGGAACAUGAGUUGUCUUUGGCAAGAGAAGAAUCAGCGAAACUUUCUGAACUUUUGAAAGAUGCAGAUCAUCGAGUAGAAGUAUCAAAGAGGGAAAAGGAAGAGAUCUUGGUCAAGCUUUCUCAAUUUGAAAAGACAAUGGCCGAGGGGAAAGGCAGAGUAAACAAGCUUGAGGAAGAUAAUGCAAAACUACGCCGUGCUCUUGAGCAAAGUGUGACCAGCCUUAACAGAAUGUCACUGGAUUCAGAUUUUCUUGUUGACAGGCGCAUUGUUAUCAAAUUAUUGGUUACAUACUUUCAAAGAAACCACAGCAAAGAGGUUCUGGAUCUCAUGGUUCGCAUGCUGGGAUUUUCUGAUGAAGACAAGCAGAGAAUAGGUGUCGCUCAACAUGGUGCUGGAAAAGGUGUUGUUCGGGGAGUUUUGGGCCUGCCUGGCCGCUUAGUUGGUGGUAUCUUGGGAGGAAGUUCAGCUGAAGCACAUUCAAACAUGGCAUCUGACAAUCAGUCCUUCGCAGAUCUAUGGGUUGAUUUUCUUCUCAAGGAAACUGAAGAAAGAGAGAGGAGAGAAUCUGCAGAGAAUAAUGCUCGACCCAAGGAAGAUAUACCUGGAAAAAGUCCAACUGCAGAGACUCGUAUACCUGACCCGCGAACAAACACACUUGUUGCUCCCUCUGGUUUCUCAAGGUCGAGUAUAUCACCCAACCAAAAUUUUGAUCCUCCACGAGCCCCUGGAAAUUCAAGGUCAUUUGAUCAUUUUGAUUCUGAGUUCUCAACUGUUCCUCUAUCAUCAUCAGAGAGCAUUUCUCGUCUCUCAAGAUUAUUACCCAAGUAAUGAGAAUAUGUUGAGUUUGUGUAAUUAAUCAAAGGUAUAGAUUCUUUGUUGUUAUUGUAGCUGUGCAAUCUGGUUCAGUCAAUUCUUUUUAUACACAAAUAACAAAUGGUUUCUUUAAUAAUAGCUCAUGUUUUGUA